CCAUGUUUUGAGACAUCGUUCUGCAAAAAAAAAGUUUAAUGAUCUUGGCGCAGGGCUGCAUGUGACAUGGUUUCCGUUGCCUGCUUCCGCAAAUAUUUCAGCGCACAGAGCGGCACAUGAGAAACAGCUUGCGUCUCAGUACGCGUAUCCCAUCGGCGUGGACGUGCUGCCUGUGGCCAUGGUGCGGAGCCAACCCUGCCCGCGUUGCGGUGGAGGAGAGGGGGACGCAAGCGAGCCGUGCCGGGCGCGCAAGUGAACGCUUCGUCGAAGACCAUGGCCGCUGCCGCCGCCCACACCAACCUUCAACUUGAGUGCUUCUGCCUGGUGUAAACAACGGCUCAGAGUGAAUAUGAGAAAAUGCCUGUCCCCAGUCUCUUCCCCACUCUGCUGGGCCUUGCUCUGGGAUACCUGAUGACGCUGUGCCACACCACUCCAUCUCUGUACAAACCGACACAGAUGAUGGCUGUAUGUGAUGGACGCAAGCUGUCCUCUGUCCCCCAGGACCUGCCAGAGGACACUGAAGUUCUUUCUCUAAACAACAAUCAAAUCGAGAGGUUACAAAAUGGUUGUCUCUCACGGUACAAGCAACUGCGCUCUCUCAGCUUGGCCAACAAUGGUUUAGAUGCAAUGGAAUCAAAUGCUUUUAAGGACUCACAUUAUUUAGAAGACCUUAAUUUGGCACAGAAUUCCAUUCAUCCUCAUUACGAGCAAACUGGACAGUCCCUGCGCUUUUUGUCCCGUCUGAAGGUGUUAGACCUGUCAGGGAACUACAUCACUGAGGAUAUGGCCGCGGGGCUGCUUCAAAACCUCACGUCUCUGGAGCGACUGUCUUUGGCAGGGAACCUCCUGUCCAGACUGGACGACUCCAUCUUCAGCCACCUUCAUCAGCUCAAAGAGCUGAACCUGGAGAGGAACCAACUCUAUGAGGUGGACAGGGCUUUCGAUAGCCUACACAAUCUCCAAAGGCUCAACCUGGCCUACAACUACCUCCCCUGCCUCGUCAAUUUUGAGAUGUCACAGCUGGUUUACCUAAACGCCAGCUACAACACAGUUGAGUGGUUUAUCACCAACCAGAACAUGGAAGAGAAGUUUCAGUUGGAAACCCUAGAUCUGUCUCAUAACAAGCUGUUAUUUUUUCCUUUUCUGCCAUCGCACAGCCAGCUCCACAAUCUUUUGCUCUCACACAACCAGAUCAGCUUUUAUGACAAUCUGUCCAACAGCAACAAAUCCGACAUGAACCCAAAUGUUGAGUUUUACAACGUCGGGGCGAAUAAAAGCAACAUCACGGCACCGCUCUGGGACGAGAGUCUCCAUGGAGACAUCUCCUCAGUGGAAGUCCUGGACCUGAGCGGAAACCGCAUCAUCAGCUUCCCUCAGGGAUUCCUUCAGAAGAUGCCCAACCUCUACCACCUCAGGCUGAGGACCAAUUGCAUUGAGUCCCUCAACAUCAGCUCUGAGGAGCUGCCAUCCACCUUGUACGAGCUGGACGUGAGCAACAACAGGGUGACUGAACUCCAUGCUGGACAGACCUCUGUCAGCGAGCUGAACAAUCUCACCCAUCUAAACCUGAGCUUAAACGACAUUAGUAGACUCCCACCCAAGCUGUUUUCCAGUCUGCCGAGACUGAGCACGGCAGACAUCAGCUAUAACCCAAUUGGGAUAUGUCCCCAAAAUGAACCCACAAACGCUAGCUAUUCAGACUGCGUAAUUUGGAGGAAUAUAGCGUCGCUCAGACAGCUUCAUCUGGGAGGGUGCAGAAUUUUCCAUCUGCCAUCCUAUGCGUUUGAGGGCUCCCCUCUUACGCAUCUAGAACUUUCCAACAGCGUUGGCCUCAAGGUGAUGCCAGAAUCGUUAACAGGGCUUUCUGAGUCCCUCCAGCACCUCGGGCUGGGAAACACAGGACUGCGGAGCUUUGACUUUUCCCCAUUUCACCAACUAAAAUCCCUGAACAUCUCUAAGAACUCCCUAUCCAAUCUCCCGUUCUCGUUAGUGGGGCUGGGCCUAAAGCAUUUAGACUUGAGCAAUAACAAGCUCACCGCCAUCCCCUCUGAACAGGCUGCCAGGCUAGCCCGGACACUAGAAGCGGUGUUUGUGAGCGGGAACCGUUUCAACUGCUGCCACUUGGAUUGGUACAGGACAUUUGAAAAAGUGGUAGUGGACCGUGAGCAGCUGACGUGUUUAGACCGAACAAACAAGGCUCACAGCGUGGCCCAUGUUGACGGACUCAUGUGCUACACCUCCGGCGAGGAGUCCAUUUGGUGGUACAUCCUGCUCUUCUCCUCUGUGAUUGUCACCUUCUUGAGCAUUACUGGUUUCAUUUUCCUCACGCUGAAACCGAGAGUGUUACCCAAAGCCAUAAAGAAGAGAUGCUUGAGAGCAACCUCAUAUUAGUAGUAGUAUUAUUAAUAGAGAGAGAGAGAGAGAUAGAGAGAGAGAGAGAGAGAGAAAGAGACUCUGUGAAAGGCAUCAACCACACUGUUACUCUUGAACAGGCUGAUGUACUGUCAACAGUGUUGUUUAUUAAUGUAAAUGAAUUCACUACAGCAUGUGUCUAUGUGUCAUUAAACUGAUGUCUUAUGUGUCAUUAAACUGCCUAGAAAGUACA